AUGGCUUUCCAAACAACCAAUGAUGCCGCAGCCACCAAGUGGUCCAUGCCUCGUGCAACCAAAAGAAGAAUUUGUGAAGAAGACGACGACGACAACAACAUGAUUGCUUACGAGGGCGUCAAACGUUUGAGCUGUCAGCAUCAGCGAUCAGUUGAUAUGGCGACAUCGGCUCCACAACAACAGAAGGCACCGCUGCCCUCCAUUACAUACGCGACACCUGAUUAUAGACCUCCUCCACGAUCGGAUGCUCUUUGGUUACAACCUGCACCUUCUACUACUACUACUACCAUGAUGAUGGAUGAGGAACUCACUGAUGAAGAAGCUCUUUUGACUCCCUUGCCUUCAAUGCAACAACAACAACAACAGCAACAACCCAAAUACACAUCGACUACCCCAACAGUUAAUUUGAUGGAUCAUCAUCAUCAUCACCAUCAUCACCAACAUUCGUCAUUUUCUCAAGUGCAAGCCUAA